CAGAUUAAGUUGAACACAAGCCCUGCUCAAGUUUGCACCUGCUUCUUUCAGCUCCGUUCACGGUUCCUACAGGAAGCGCCGCGUGUUUCUGCAUCUUACUCCUGAAAUUAAAGCUCAACACGACCUGCUGGAUUGUCUGGGGGGGUUUACUGGUGACCCUGUGGAGGCAGGAGUGUUGAUUCUGUCGGCUCCAUCAGGACGUCCAGCUGCUCUGCAUACCUCCCAUCGCCUCCGCUGCCUCCAUCCAUCACUGCGGUUCCCAGCUGGAUGGGCCUCUGCUGCUGUGGGAAUUGAUACGUUAGACUUGUGCUAGAUGUCCGUGCUCUGAUAGCAGAAUGGUCAGACGUUGCUGUCCAGUCAUUGUGCUCCAGCUGUUCAGCAUUUUUGCACAGGCCAGAGGUAUUACUCAGGAUAUUUUGUAUCCAUAUGGACCGGGUCAUAGGGAUCUUGAAACUCCGAAGAUGGAUGAUGGGAGUUCCCCUGAAGUUCCCUUGCUCAUCCCCUUCAUUUUCUUCAACGUGCCUUACCGUUCCGUCUAUGUCAACAACAACGGUGUGAUCUCCUUCAGCGUCCAGGUUAGCCAGUUCACACCUGAGGGUUUCCCUCUGAGCGACAGCAGAUCUUUCAUUGCUCCACUUUGGGCAGAUGUGCACAACGGCAUCCGUGGAGAUGUCUACUACAGAGAGACGACGGAUCCUGAACUACUGGAAAGGGCAACUCAAGAUGUCCGCAAGCACUUCAAAAACAUGCCCGGCUUUACAGCCACGUGGGUCUUUCUGGCAACGUGGCACCAGGUUACCUUCUACGGAGGGAGCCAGACAACCCCGGUGAAUACUUUCCAGACAGUACUCAUCUCAGAUGGCGUGGUGUUCUUCAGUAUGUUCAACUAUGGAGAAAUUACGUGGAGCACAGGAACAGCCAGUGGAGGAGAUCCUCUGACGGGACUCGGUGGAACAACAGCUCAGGCAGGCUUUAAUGGCGGAGACAUCGGUCACUUCUUCAACCUACCAGGAUCCCGGUCAAAUGAUGUGGUAAACAUUGAACAGACAACCAACGUCAACAUUCCUGGACGCUGGUUUUUCCGCGUCGACACCGAGCUGAUAGAUCCUGCCAACGGCUGCAGCUACAAUGGACGGUUUUACAGACGAGGAGAGAUCUUCUGGUUGUCGGACCAGUGCUCCCAGCGCUGCCGAUGCCUUGAUAUAAACAACGAGGUGCAAUGCCUGGAGGCUCCAUGUGGGCAGUUUGAGAACUGCGAGCAGCAGGAGGGGGCCUUCUACUGCCAGCCCACACGCACCAGCACCUGCGUGGUAUUUGGAGACCCGCACUAUCACACCUUCGAUGGCUUCCUCUAUCACUUCCAAGGCACCUGCUCCUACCUGCUGGCCCGGCCCUGCUGGGAGAUGGUGGGACUGCCCUUCUUUAGUGUGGAGGCCAAAAACGAGAACCGCGGGGUCGCCACGGUGUCCUGGUUGAGAGAUGUGACCGUGGAGGUCUACGGUCACAGAGUCAUGAUACCUAAAGGCAGUUUGGGAAGCGUCCAGGUGGACGGCUUGAUGAAGACAUUACCAGUCCAACUGGAGCUCGGUGCAGUAAAGGUGUACCAGUCCGGAGUUGCUGUAGCUUUAGAGACAGACUUUGGACUCCUGGUAACCUAUGACGGCCAGCACUACGCCUCCAUCUCAUUACCAAGCUCCUACUUCAACAACACCUGUGGUCUUUGUGGGAACUAUAACGACGACCCUGCAGACGAUCCCGUGCUUCCUGAUGGCUCUCUUGCAGAAAGCGUGGUGGAGCUGGGAGGCAGCUGGAGAGCAGAGGACACAGACUGGAGGUGCACAGACGGUUGUGCUCAGAACUGCAGCGUCUGUGACCCUCUUACAGAAACCAUGUACUUUCGCGCAGACUACUGUGGGCUAAUCAACAAAACCGAUGGACCCUUUCGAGACUGCAGAGCCGUAGUGGACCCCACUGCCUUUGUGUAUAGUUGUGUGUAUGAUAUGUGCAGCAACAGGGAUAACAUCACCACACUGUGCCACGCCAUUCAGGCCUACGCCUUAGCCUGUCAGGCCCUUGGUGUCACAAUACGACCCUGGAGAACUCGCACCUUCUGUGCAAUGUCAUGUCCGGAGUUCAGCCAUUACGAAGUGUGCACAACUGCGUGUCCAGCUUCCUGCUCGGACCUCACCGCUCCCUUGUACUGUGUUCAUCCUUGCACCGAGGGUUGCCAGUGCGAACCCGGCUACGUCCUGAGCGGCAAUCGGUGUGUGCAACAAGACGACUGUGGCUGUGAGCACAACAACCUCUAUUACCCUCUCAAUCACACGUUCUGGGCUGGCCCCGGCGGAGAGGAAGGCGACUGUACCCUCCGCUGCACAUGCGGGUUUGCCGGGGAGGUCUCCUGUUUCAAUGAGUCCUGUAAGGACGGCGAAGUGUGUGUGGCCGAGCUGGGCUUUCUGGGCUGUUACCCUCGGAGGGAGGGAGUGUGCUCGGUCACCCAGAACUCGGUGACAUCCACCUUUGAUGGGACGUUCCUCCUGUUUCCGGACGACAGCUCAUACCACCUCCUGAAGCUGUGUGGUCCGGUACCGGCUAAUGGGUCAGUGGUGGAGGUGAAGAUUGGCAGGCGGCUCAUGAACAAAGGUCCCACUUGGAAGAGACCCGUGAUAGUAACUGUAGCUAACCUCGAGGCACAGAUGGGAGGUACAGACUUUGACACAGUAAAGGUGAAUGGUGAGCCGGUUGUUCUCCCAUUUGUCCAUCCAAUGGAGACAAUGAUGAUCUACAAGGCACCAGGAAAUGCCACUGUGGUAGAGUCCAGAGGUCUGCUCCGCGUCCAUUACACCCGCCAGGGAUUCCUUAACAUCUCCCUCUCCACCAUCUUCUACAACAUCACAUGUGGCUUAUGUGGCGUCUUUAACAGCAACGCCACGGACGACCUGCGCCUGCCCAACGGUCGGCUUGCAGAAAAUACCGAACAGUUCACAGAGGGGUGGAAAUCGAUUGCAGACGACCUCACCUGCAAUGGGGAAUGUGACGACCUCUAUCGCAUGUGCACAGACCUGCGUCUUUACCAGAGUCCCUGGAUGUGUGGAAACAUCAACGACCCGGGGAAUAGCUCCUUCCUGGCGUGCCACUCAGUGGUCAAUCCUUCACCGUUCUUCAGGAACUGCUUGUACAACAUGUGCGUAAGGGAAGGAAACUGGUCAGCCCUGUGCUCCUCUCUGCAGGCUUAUGCCACAGCCUGUCAGGACGCCCAAGUGGGCCUUGCUUCCUGGAGGAGUGCGACCAACUGUCCUCUUCCCUGUCCAGAGAACAGCCACUUUGAGGAAUGCACCACGGCCUGCCCUUUGACCUGCACCAACCUGGAUGAGCCCGAGGAGCCGUGCCCUCUGCCCUGUCAGGAAGGCUGCCAAUGUGAGGAAGGUUUCGCGCUGCGGGACGGCCUGUGUGUGGCGCGGAGCGACUGCGGCUGCAUGUACCACGGUCACCAGGUGGCCACCAACCAGACCUUCUGGACAGACUGGGAAUGCCAGGAGCGCUGCUACUGCAACGGCUCUGACAACAGCGUCUACUGUCAGCUCGCCCCCUGUCAUUCCGAGGAGUACUGCCAGGAGAACGACGGCCUUUACUUCUGCCAGCCGCGCACCGAGGCCUUGUGCGUGGUAGCCGGUUACGGACAUUUCCUGCCAUUUACUGGCAUGCCCUUUGAGCUUCAGAGCUCCUGCACCCUAAAGAUGGCCACCACCGUCUGUGGGCGCAGAGAGCCAGCAGCAGGAGUUUUCCCUCGAUUUAAACUGGCAGUUCGUAACGAGGAACGAGACACUGGGCAAGCAAUCUGGGUGAGGGGCUUCGUGCUGGAGGUCUACGAGUACGAAAUAGAAGUUUCUCGAAGCUACAAACACACCGUCACUGUCAACAAGGAACGCCUGUACCUUCCCCUGAAGCUGGGCCCGGCAAAGGUCAACAUGUCCUCCUUGGGGAUGCUGCUCAUUCUGGAGACGGACUUCGGGCUGAAGGUGUCGUAUGACUGGAACACUCUCCUCCUUUUGACUUUGCCCCAGGAUCUUUACAACAGCUCCUGCGGCCUGUGCCAGGGCAUGCCCUUGUCCCCGCCCACGCUAACCGCCACGGACUGGGGCAUGACCUGGGCGGAGAGGGACACCUUCUGCCAGGUGGGCUGCGGCGACUCCUGUCCCCGCUGCGGCCUCGGGGAGAAGGGCGUGUCCAACGCCGCCCCUCUCAUGGUGGCCGACUCCGGCAUGAACGGUGACGGCGAAGACGAGCCGAACGGAGUCGCCACGGGCAUACGCUUCCACGUCGGGGACGGACUCUACGUGUUCGUGGAGCCCGAGGCCGUGAGGCUGUGUGGGCUGAUUGUGGACCGAGGUGGUGCGUUUGCACGCUGUCACAGCAAGGUGGCGCCGGCGUUCUUUUACCAGAGCUGCCUGCAGGACACCUGCUUGGAUCAAGGAGCUCAGGACACGAUCUGUAACUGGCUGCAGAUCUACGCCAGCACCUGUCAGACCCAGGGAGUGCCUUUAACCGGCUGGAGGAGCGACACGCCCUGUGUCCAGAGCUGUCCUCCAAACAGCCAUUACUCCAGCUGCAUGGCGGUGUGCCCGCCUCAGUGCGCCCCGGCCCGAGGUCAGAGGGACUGCAACCAGGACUGCGUGGAGGGCUGCCAGUGCGACCUGGGCUACGUGCUCAACGGCAAGAGCUGCAUCCUGUCCCAGAACUGCGGCUGCUACACUGACGGAAAAUACUACGAGCCCAAACAGCUGUUCUGGAACGGCGACUGCACCAAACGCUGCCAGUGCAUCGGACGCAACCUGAUCCAGUGCGACCCCAGGCGCUGCAAGGCGGAGGAGGAGUGCACCCUGCGCUUCGGGGUCCGGGGCUGCUUCGCCCGGCGGUCCGAGCACUGCGUGGCGUCAGGCGGGGGGGUCUUCAGGACGUUCGACGGGGCGUCGCUGCGCCUCCCGGCCUCCUGCUCCUUCGUCCUGUCCACCAACUGCCGCAAGCUGCCCGACCUCUCCUUCCAGCUCAUCGCCAACUUCGACAAGUGGAGCACGCCCAACCUCACCACCAUCUCUCACGUCUACCUUUACAUAAACGAGGAGAACAUUCUCAUCUCUGGCAGCACCGUCAAGGUCAACGGUACGCCGGUGUCCGUCCCGUUUCUGACCGGCCUGAUGACGCGUCUGUCCACGUCUGAAGGCUUCCUCGUCAUCGACACGCCGCAGGACAUCCAGGUGCGGUACAACCGCUUCAACACCCUCAGCAUCACAAUGGGCCAGCGGCUUCAGAACAAGGUGUGCGGCCUGUGUGGGAACUUCAACGGCGAUCCCAGCGACGACUACAUCACCUCCAGGGGCAAACCAGCCGUCAGCGCCCUGGAGCUGGCCCAGAGCUGGAAGACCAACGGCAUGCAGAACAGUUGUGACGAGACCCAGUACGUGGCUUUAGCCCAGUCCUGCGACAACACCGCCGUGCUGGCGCUGCAGGGCGAAGACGCCUGUCAGAAGCUGACCCAUCUGAAGGGCUUCUUCCAGCCGUGCCACGGCCUGCUGGACCCUCAGCCCUUCUACCAGUCCUGCUACCUGGACGGCUGCUACAACCACCGCAAGGCCCAGGUCUGUGGUUCCCUGGCCGCCUACGCCGAGGCCUGCCGCUCCUUGGGCACCCUCACCACCAAGUGGAUCGUCCAGGAGAACUGCUCAGAAUGGAUCUACGACCCCUGCGCAGGAGAGAUCUGCACAAACUUCACGUGUGAGCUGGAGAACGGCGGGGACCUGUGCGGCUGCCCCGAGUUACCCACCAACCCCGCAGGCGAUGACGACAUCAUCCAAGCAGAGGUGAACUGCAAGCACGCUCAGAUGGAGGUUUCCAUCUCCAAGUGCAAGCUCUUCCAGCUCGGCUUCGAGCGAGAAGACGUGAGGAUCAACGACGAGCGCUGCGCCGGCAUCGAGGGGGAGGAUUUUAUCUCCUUCCACAUCAACAACACCAAGGGACACUGCGGCUCCAUCGUACAGUCUAACGGCACGCACAUCAUGUAUAAGAACACCGUCUGGAUAGAGAGCGUGAACAACACCGGCAACGUCAUCACCAGAGACAAGACCAUCAACGUGGAGUUUUCCUGCGCCUACGAGCUGGACCUGAAGAUCUCUCUGGAGACCGUCCUGAAGCCCAUGCUCAGCGUCAUCAACCUCACCCUGCCGACUCAGGAGGGAAACUUCAUCACCAAGAUGGCCCUGUACAAGAACUCGUCGUACCGCAACCCGUACAGGGAGGGCGAGGUGGUGCUCAGCACCCGGGACAUCCUGUUUGUGGGCGUCUUUGUGGAGGGGGCAGACGUGAACCAGCUCAUCCUCAUCGUCAACAUGUGCUGGGCCACGCCGUCGCGCUACAGCAGCGACCGACUGCGUUACAUCAUCAUAGAGAGGGGCUGCCCAAACACCAAGGACAACACCAUCGGCAUGGCGGAGAACGGCGUGUCCCUCACCUGCCGCUUCCACGUCACCGUCUUCAAGUUCAUCGGGGAUUACGACGAGGUCCACCUGCACUGCGACGUUUCGCUGUGCGACUCCGACACAAACGCCUGCAAAGUGAACUGUCCGCACAAGAGGAGGAUGUACUCGGAGGACGGCGACCACAAGGAGCACAUCCUGACAGUGGGACCCAUCAGGAGGAGAGAGUCAGACUGGUGUGAGGAGGACAACGGCGGCUGUGAGCAGAUCUGCACCAGUAAGGGCGGCGGGCCCCUCUGCAGCUGCGUGACCGGGAUGCUGCAGCCUGAUGGGAAAAGCUGCCGCACUCUGAGCUCAUCGUGUAAGGUCACCCCGGCUCUUCCUCUGCUGAGCGCCAGCGCCGUCAUCUCCAUCAUCCUCACCCACUUCAACUCCUUCAUCCUCUCCUAACACCUGAAGGAAGCAACCAAACAACAAACAUCAAACACAGAAAACACUUGAAGACUAGAUGGAAAUUUUCUAAAUAUAUGACUUUUUGAAUGCAGAUGUGAAUUUAGCGCCUGAACAUCCUUGUAGAAAACUGUGUUAAGCUUCAUUUUCAGCCCUUCUGUUAUUUAGACUCAUCAGGAUCUCUAAUUUAAAGCUGCUGUGUAGAGAUUUUUUUAUGUUUUUAUAAAGUUUCCAAAUGUUUCUGAUUGUUUUCUUUGUUUUUAUGGAGGUACUAUUGUUGUGUUGGCAAUAAUCACCACCAGAUGGCGCCAAAGAAACAAUUAUUUUUUAAUCUCAAAGAUGAAAAGUUUAAAGAGGAUUAAAUGUAAAAGUUAGGGAGAGAUUGUGAUUAAAUUAUUACCAAAUACAUUUCUGGGUGAACUAAGUCGUGAUUGGAGAGUUUGACCGGCAGAACUGAACUAUUAGAAGCACAUGAGAGGCUGAAACUGAUCUUUCUUAACUCUUCCAAUGACAGUUACCUCUGGCGAACCAUUCAACACGGCCAGAUUUAAAAGAAAUAUUCAAUAAAAUGAGUCACAAUUUUG